AUGACAUCCUAUCUCUCUUCGCUCCUCUGGGGCACCUCCCAGCUCGACGAUGCUGUCGACAAGGCGACCUCCGAGCUCCUGCCAAGCGGCUCGGAGGACAUCGCGCUCAACCUUGAGAUUUGCGACCAAAUUCGUUCCAAAUCUGUACCUCCCAAGGAUGCCAUGCGGGCCCUCAAGAGGAGAGUCGGCCACAAGAACCCUAAUGUUCAGCUUCUCGCUCUUGGCUUGACCGAUGUCUGCAUCAAGAACGGCGGCGAUGGAUUCUUGGUCGAGGUCGCCUCUCGUGAAUUCAUGGACAAUCUUGUUUCCAUCCUGAAGUUGCCAGUCCUCAACCAUGACGUCAAGAACAAAAUCCUUCGAUACGUACAGGACUGGGCCACUACAUUUGAGGGGAAGCCGAGCUUGAGCUACGUUGGUGAGGUAUACAGGACAUUACAGCGUGAAGGCUUUAACUUUCCCCCUCGCGAUCCUGCUGUGACCGCGUCAGCAAUGGUGGACACCCAGACUGCGCCGGAAUGGAUUGACUCGGACGUGUGUCUCCGGUGCCGAACCCCGUUUUCAUUCACCAACCGGAAACACCACUGCCGCAACUGCGGCCAAGUUUUCGAUCAGCAGUGUUCUUCCAAGUCGAUGCCACUACCACACUUCGGUAUCACCCAAGAAGUACGCGUUUGUGACAGCUGUUACACGAAGCUCAAUAAGAAGGCCCACAAGACGCACAGAGGAUCCCAGAGUGUGUCCUCGUCAAGGCAUCGGGCGGCACGCGACUUCUACGACGCAGAGUUGCAGCGGGCCAUUCAACUGUCUUUGGAGGAAACAGGCUCCGCGGGAGGACAUCGCCCAGGAUACGUUCCCUCCCCUUCCCCAUGGCAGUCAUCGGAGCCUCCCCUCGUUGAACGUGCAACGCGUCCAAAAGGCAACACGUACGAGGAAGACGACCCAGAACUCAAGGCUGCUAUAGAGGCUAGUCUACGCGAGGCCAAUGCUCCCAAACCGAGCGCGCCGAUCAUCAUCGACUCCACCGACAGAGCCCCGCUACCUUACCCAGGCUACACUCAGUCCCAGUCCUACCCUCCUUCUAGCGAACGGUCUACCCCCAAACCGAGGUUGCCUCACAUACCCAGUUACGACCUCGAGGUUCUUGAGGCCGAUGCUAUCCUCACGUUCAACCAGACGGUGGAUCACCUACAGGCGCAAGGAGGUCGGGAUCUCUCGCGGUUCCCCGCCGUGACAGAGCUCUACGAUAAGGCGAACGGAUUGAGGCCAAAGCUCGCGAUGAACCUCAACGAUACGAGCCGGAAAGAACAGAUGCUGGUUGAGAUGCACGACAAGCUAUCGCAAGCCGUCAAGCUCUAUGACAAGUUACUAACCGAGCAAGUCUCCCGCCCCUCCUGGCGGUCCGCUACCCCACGACAAGAGCAACCUAGUACAUCCUAUUCACCCCAGUAUCAGCAACCGGUGAGCGGCGCAUACGGCCAGUGGCAGCAACCCCCCCAGACCCCCGUGCAGGCACAACCAUCCUACUACUCCCCCGCUCCUUCUGCACCUCCCCAAGUCAAUGGCACCUACUCGUCUGACCAGCAGUCGAUGUAUCUGGCCCCCAUUGCGCCUGUGAUGAGCCCUCACCAGCAGGUUCCGUACUCCGCGAUCUCCCCUCCCCCCGUCAGCAUCCCCCAGUUCGCCCCCCCACCGCCGCCUACCAACGUGUACCAAGCUCCGCCCCCACCCCAGCAGCAGCUCCAACAGCAGCUCCAGCCUGUCGCCGCACCCCCAGCUCCCCCACAGCAGCAACAGCAGCAACUCUCCAGGUCCAACACCGUCGGUCCUAGAUACGCCCAGCCGCAGUACGGCCUCUCGCGCUCGACCUCGUUCGCGCAUCCGCCCCCGCACUCGAUGCACGCUCCCGCACAGCUGGCCCACCUCCAGCAGAUGUCCGUGCCCCUCCCCGCGUUCCCCCAAGUACCGAACACGGCGCCGCAAGUGCCUACAUACGCAGAGCCGGAACGCAAGGAGGCGCUACUGAUCGACCUGUAG